UUUUAGAAUCCGCGUAUCCUGUCAGAUGCGAACUGUACUGCCGUGUGACAGGCGACAGUUUACAUUUACCCCGUUCUCUCUUUUCUGAAAGUGAGUGAACCAUUUGUGCCACAAGAUGUUCCUAGCCAAGAAAUUCCUUGGAGGCAUUAUUGAUGUGGUCAGCAACAUCGACCCCGGCCAGUUUGUGCCUUCUGAACCUCCCCCGCCCCGCAGACCGCUGGCUUAUGCUGAGGUCAACGAGUCCGAGGAAGAGAAGCAGUUCCGUAAAGUGUUCCAGCAGCUCGCUGGCGAUGACAUGGAAGUAAGCCCCAAUGAACUGAUGAACAUCCUCAACAGAAUCAUCUCCAAACAUGGUGAUCUGAAGACAGAUGGCUUUACCAUUGAGUCAUGUAGAAGUAUGGUGGCUGUCAUGGAUAGUGACAGCACAGGUAAAUUGGGCUUCCAUGAGUUUAAACACCUCUGGAACAACAUCAAGAAAUGGCAGGCAGUUUAUAAGGCUUAUGACAGGGAUCGCUCAGGAACUAUUGGAGCAGAUGAGCUUCCAGGUGCCUUCAAAGCUGCAGGUUUCCCAUUGAAUGAGCAACUCUUUCAGAUGCUUAUUCGCAGGUAUAGCGAUGAGAGCGGAAACAUGGAUUUUGACAAUUACAUCGGCUGCCUUGUGAGACUUGAUGCCAUGUGCCGCGCCUUCAAGACUCUUGACAAAGACAAUGAUGGCACAAUCAAGGUCAAUAUUCAGGAGUGGCUGCAGCUGACAAUGUACUCCUGAGUGAUAUGAAGGUCUGCGAUGACGUCAAAUCAGUUAUAUGCAAUAAUGACUUUAUGCUUUACACAUCUCCCUCUCUUUUUUUCACACACUAUAGCACUAAUUCUAGAGAAAUGCCAGCAUGGAGCUUUUCAACCUCUGGGGUUAUGCACUCAACUAUGCCAUUCUCUUUCUCUAUACGUUUUAUUUUUAUUUUUACAAUUUUUAGAGCAUUUAGUCCAUUAGUAGCAUUGUUCAACAGAAAACUAACCAAAGAAAGAAAAUUAUAAGAAAGUGUCAAAAUGAACAAAUAUGCCUUUAUGAAGGGUUUAGGUUCAGCCACAAAUAUGCAAAACUGUUUUACAUAUUGAUGUUGUCAGUUGGUGCCAAUUUCGCAUGAAGUCAGUGGGGGAUGCAAGGGAUAAAAAUAUUGCCAUGAAUUUAUCAUGAAAAUCUGGUGUCAAAUACAAUUUUAUAUUGAAUAAAAAAAUAUAUAGUGAUAAA